AAGUGACUGUCCGUGUGUGCUAUAACGUCACCGGCGGACGCUCCUUAUUUGGUCAAGCUUUACACACGGUCACACGGUUAAAGCUGGCUUACCGAUGGGAAUUCGAGAAGUAGCACAGACGGUGAGCGUGUCCCACAGUGAGGAAGUAAAAUGGACUUCUCUUUCUGCUACAUCUUAUUUUAUCUUUACUUACACUGCACCUCUGCUUCAGAUAACACUUUUCCACAAGCACAGAAUAUCACAUGGAAAUCUGUUAACUUUAAAACUAUCCUUUCUUGGGUGCCGAAACCAUCGUCCCAUUACGCCUACACGGUGGAGUUCUCAGUACUUGGUGGGAACAAAGAGAGAAACCCUCACUGUAUCCGUUCAUCUGCAAACCUGUGUGAUUUGUCAAGCUCAAUGACUGACCUGAAUGCCUGCUAUACAGCAGACGUCCUGUCAGAGCCGCCAAUGGGGGUCACCUCUGACCUCAUUGAGUUCCCCUACACCAGCUCACCACAGUUCUGUCCCUACAAAGACACGGAGAUAGGCCGACCAGAUUUCAAGCUGAAAAUGAGUCAGGAUAAAAAGACGACCACACUUUAUGUGACGGACCCACUCACUGCUGUAUUCAAAGACGAUCAGCAGCUAACUAUCAGAGAUGUCUUCUCUGACCAGCUGCAGUAUAAGGUCACUUACCGAAAGAACAAAAGCACUGGCAAGAAAGUACACUUCUCACAAACCAACAUAAUAGAGAUGACUGACCUUGACAGAGGAGUGAGCUACUGUUUUAAUGUUCAGGCCUUCUUCCCGAGUCGCAGUAUUGAAAAGCAGCUAGGGGAGUUAAGCCACACUCAAUGCUCUGAUGACAACAACCAAUCAAUCUUUGAAGUUUAUUCAAUUACUGUGAUUGCUGCUGCCAUCUUCUUUGUACUGCUGUUGCUCGGCAUCAUCGUUGCAGUAAUCGUCGUAUGCUGCAAGUGCAGAAGAAAGGCUCUUAAAAAGGAAAAAGAAGAAAUGCCACUACAGGGUGUUUAGUAGUGUUUUUUUUUUAAACUGUAAGUACAAAACGUAACUACUAUACUAUAGUUUUCUAUUCGCAAAUGCAGCUCAUAAUACCUACUUGCCCCCAAUUUGCCCCUGCCAGGUGCCAAAGACUUGUUACCAGGCCCAUUAGAAAAAAAAUUGCGGUUAGUCAAAUAGUGUUCAUACGUAAAUGCUGUACUCAUUAGGCUAUUUUUGUAGAAACAAGCCAAUAAUUUACAGCCAUUUUAUCAACACAACAUAAAAAUCUAUAAUCAAAUGUGAGUUUCUAGAUCAGGGGUCACCAACUGAGAGCUACUUCAAGGGCACUCAGUAAUUACAAAGAGCUACUUGUCUGAUACAGACUUCCAGAACAAUGUAAUAAUAAUUAGUUCUGAGGCAACAGUAGACAGUCUUCUUACCAAUGUCACUGAACCCAUUUGAAUAUCAUUCAAAAAGCACAGUAAUAGUAAAAUGUUUGACCCUCUUGUUGACUAGUUUUAUUUUAAGAAAAUACCCUCCGGGCACCUUAGGCGGUCCAUGGGGGCUACCAGGUGCCCCCUCACCUCGGUGAUGGGUUAAAAGCAGAGGCUCAAUUUCAUUAUAUCCCUUUGUUACAAGUUACAAGACUAUAAUAAUAAAAUCUAUUUAUUCUUGCUGUUUUGUAGCAAGAAUAACCUUAAGCAAUAAUAAGUAACCUAUUAGUGCUACAUAUGCUAUAUAUAAACACAAAAACCAUGUGUUUUUAGAGGUACGUCUGAAGUGAGCUGACGCCUGCAUGGGCUGUAGCUUUGCUUUUCUAUUGUAGUUAACACUGGAUUCAGCUCUGUUUUUGUUUCUAUGAAACUUGCUCUGAACAUGUUGAACAGUUAUAUUUUAGGAAUCAUUUGGUAUUGAAAUGGGAAAGUACCUUAAGGAUGUCAAUGUUAAAUGUCAGUGAUCAUGUUUUAUACGGUGUUAUGCUCAUAUUAUUGUUUUUGGUUUAAUUACUUUAGAAAAUACUAUCUCUUGGCUUUAUUUAUUAUAUUAUAAUGUACUUUGUAACUUGAACUAACUGUUAGCAUAGGAACAAGUGAAAGCAGCACUUUUGGGGAGAAUAUAUGUGUAUAUUGAUUUUUGUUUCUGUUGUAUAACUUAUUGUGUCUGAUUGAAAUUAACAUGUAUAUAUUGCUUUUCUACCUUUCUUUUAUUGCCCAGGAUUCUUUUCUAAAUAAAUAUUUCGAAUGACACAUAAA